UACAGAUUACCUUAGUACUGAUCAAUAGUUUAAAUUGAUAUAUACUUUGCCACACGAUAGAGUUACUUUCUAUUUAGUUAAUGAUAACCGUGAUUUAAGUUUUUGGAUUUACGCUAUUUGUGUGUUUUAAUUAUGAGAUGAACUUAGCAGUGAUGUAAAUUAACAUAUUUUCCUCAAAGCUUGGACAAAAGUUACGUUUCUAUUUUAACAAUUUGGACUUAUUAAAAGAGUGGUUAACUUAAACGUUCUGUAUGUAAUUUGUCAAGUCGCUCACGAAAGAGUUAUGCACAAAACCACAGCGUUUCAUAAUGGAUAAUGGACAUUUGUUCUAAACAAAAACCUGUGCAAUGUUAGCUGUUGAAAAUACAUUAGCUAUCUUCAUUUUGUUGAUACAUAUUCUUCAUAAAGUUGAAUCAACAGGUGAUCCCCCUCAGUUUAUCAACCCGUCAGGUGCCACCUCAGAAACAGUUACCGAAGACGCGGACACUAGCACUUACAUCUUCAUUGUCGUGGCAAUUGAUAAUGAGGGAAAUGCUCUUACUUAUUCUGUACACAGUCAAACACCCAGUAGCCCUAGUUUCACCUUUGACCCUGCAUCACGGAAACUUUACCCACCAGCAGGUCUUGACGCCGAGACGACAACGUCCUUUGCUAUAGUAUUCAGCGUAACAGAUGGGACUUCAACCGUAAAUAGCCCUGUCUUGACAGUUAAUAUACAAGAUGUCAACGAACAUUCACCAGAUUUUAACCAGACUUCAUACACCGCAUCUAUAUAUGACACAGCUUCAAAUGGUGACGUCAUAUUGACAGUUUUUGCAACAGAUUUAGACGUCACAUCUUCAUUAACAUAUUCAAUUACAGGUGGGGACUCAACAACAUUUUCUAUCGGUUCAUCAUCAGGGGCAGUAUCUGUUGCUACAGCUAGUAAUCUUAACGCAGCUUCAACACCUUCGUAUACUUUAACUGUACAGGUUUCGGACACGUCAACUACGGAUACUGCUUCAGUCAUAAUAACAGUUUUAGAUGACCCUUGUACACCAAACCCGUGUCAGAACUCCGGUGCGUGUAGCCGGUCUGGUACAUCUUACACAUGUGCAUGUCAGACUGGCUGGAUAGGUUCAACAUGUUCAACAGAUGACCCUUGUACACCAAACCCAUGUCAGAACUCGGGUGUAUGUAACCAGACUGGAACAUCUUACACGUGUACAUUUCAGACUGGCUGGAUAGGUACAACAUGUUCAACAGAUGACCCUUGUACACCAAACCCAUGUCAGAACUCGGGUGUAUGUAACCAGUCUGGAACAUCUUACACGUGUACUUGUCAGACUGGCUGGAUAGGUACAACAUGUUCAACAGAUGACCCUUGUACACCAAACCCAUGUCAGAACUCGGGUGUAUGUAACCAGUCUGAAACAUCUUACACGUGUAAUUGUCAGACUGGCUGGAUAGGGUUAACUUGUUCCACAGAUGAUCCAUGUUUACCAAAUCCUUGCGAGAAUUCGGGCAACUGUUCGAUAUUAGGAACCUCUCACCAGUGUCAAUGUACUUUUGAUUAUUUCGGGGAAAAUUGUACAGAAAAAGACAACACAGAUAAUGACGAUGGCCUUUCAGCAGGUGUCAUAGCAGCAAUAAUCGUACCAAGCGUUUGUGUUGUAGGUGCGGUAUCUGCCGGGGUAAUCAUUUAUCAUAAACAUAUAAUAAAGAAGAAAGAAAAGGAAAUAUCGAGAUUUGAUUCUUCAAAACUCGAUCAUUACAAAAUGAAUAGAAAUAGUGUGUCGCCUAGAGACCUUUCAAUAUACGAAAAAGAAAACUGAAAGCAAUUGACAUUCAAAAGAGAAAUUAUGUGUGUUAUAAUUUAUCAAGUGAUUGAUAAUAAAGUCAAAAUAAAAAAGUGAUAAUUCAGAAAAAUGCGAAAAUGAUCCUGGACGAUGGAAAUUGGCACUUCCUCAUGAACAAUUUCAAUCAAAUUAAGUCAGGGUUUUUUUCACUUUCUAAUUUCGUAAUAAUUGCUUUUGUGGAGUUUCAGCUUCUAAAUUACAUUUUUAAAGUGAUAUUAGUCUUUACUGUUGUAUAUAUUAUCAAUUCAAUUUCAUUUUAAUGCAUUUAUGUAUCGAACAUGGUUUGUAGAUUAUGCGACAAGCAAUGUAUGAAUGAACGUCAUAUGUUAAUUAAGUUAUAAAUUGGAUUCUAUAAUACUCAGUUUCAAUUUGCCAACUUAUAUGUUAACUUAUUUUGACUUUCACCUGUUCACGUACUAUAUGCUCUUGGAUGUACAUAUUGACACUUUGAUUAAUUGAAUAAUGAGAAUGUGUGGCAAUGUAUAUAUUGCCAUAUUUUGCAGAGACGUUUACAGGACUGUUUCGACUAUAUAGAGAAUGUAAAGCGGGUUUACCUUAAUAUAUUAAUAUAGCUUGAUCGUUCCUUAAUCUUGAUUUACGCAGAUAUUAACACAUUUUGGUCAUACCUCGAGGGUAAGACAUCUAAACCGACUUUACUAUAUAAAUAACCAGCAAUUACCAAUUUCUCUAAAAUUGGCCUAAUACUACUGCUGCUCUCAAGUGAUUUUUGAAUCAGCGGUGAGAGACAAAGUAUCAUUAGAUUCAAUGUACGAGAUCAAUUGUCUGAAGAAAAUGUGUUUAUCUAUCCAAAAGAUCGAACCAGUGACCCUUGCACCCACAACCCGAUUUACAAAUGCAAAACUCAAACUAUUUAGCAAAGCGGAUGUGUUACUAUAAAUUGUGUAAUCUAUAUUAAAUCCUACCUAAAUUUUGUUACGUUUUGCUAAGAAUCUUAUAUAUGAUAUUGAUUUAAUUAAUAAAUAUUUUUAAAAAUAUUUUAUUUCCUUUUCAGUUCUAGUGCCCCAGUUGAUCUAUGUAAGAUUAAGGCUUUUUGAGCUCCUUUUAUUGAUAAAAGGCAUUUUUAUUCCUAAUAAGUGACAUACAAAUAACAGAAACAACAAAUUUACAAUAACAACAUAUAUUAUCCCUUCAAGAGACAAACGUUAAAAACGUGUCAUCAAAAUAAAUUAUUGUUAUCUUGAUUUUAAAACAUGUUUGUAAAGUUACUGUGUAUCAUUGUUCAGGGUUAGGCUCUUGUAGAAGCUCAGAUGCUGUUAUUGUCUUCUUCUUCACCUUUAUUGAAACUUAUUUUACUGGCUGACACUAAACCUUCAAGUUUACAUACUACAUACUCGUUCCCACUUUUGUAAAAAUGAAUGUUUCCGGUAUGAUGUAGGAUUGAUUUUCGUAAUUUUGCAACAGCAAUAGCUUCCUGAAAUUUAAGAGAAUGUUUUAUUAUAUAAUCGUAUAAAGUACUAAAGUUUUGUUAUUUUCAUAAUUGAUAGUAAAAAUAAAAUACA